CUCGGGAGCGCGCCCCGGGGCUCCGCCCAGACUCCUAGGGUGGGCCUGUUCUGCACUUUGAGGCUGGAGCUGGCUGGUCGGGGACAGGAAAGAAGGUGGUGGAAGAUACCAUCAGGAACUGGAAUCUGUAUGAAGUCUUCCAUCACUGAUUCAAGGUUCACACUCACAGUCUACAUGCUCUGAGAAACUAAAAACCCGAAUUAACCCGAAGUUGGCCCAGAAGACCUGUCUGAAAUGUGGUGGUUUCAGCAAGGGCUCAGUUUCCUUCCAUCGGCCCUUGUAAUUUGGACAUUUGCUACCUUCAUAUUCUCAUAUAUCACUGCAAUAACACUCCACCAUGUUGACCCUGCAUUGCCUUAUAUCAGUGACACAGGGACAAUACCUCCUGAAAGAUGCCUCUUUGGAGUAAUGCUAAGUAUUGCUGCAGUUUUAGGCAUUGCUACCAUAUAUGUUCGUUACAAGCAAGUUCAGGCACUGAACCCUGAAGAGAACCUCAUCAUCAAAUUAAACAAGGCUGGCCUUGUACUUGGGAUACUGAGUUGUUUAGGACUUUCCCUUGUGGCAAAUUUCCAGAAAUCAACACUAUUUAUUGUACAUGUAUGUGGAGCUGUCCUUGCCUUUAGUAUGGGCUCAUUUUACAUGUUUGUUCAGACCAUUCUUUCCUACCAAAUGCAGCCCAAAAUUCACAGCAAACAAGUCUUCUGGGUCCGACUACUGUUGGUUAUCUGGUGUGGAGUAAGUGCACUUACCAUGAUGACUUGCUCAUCGAUUUUGUACAGUAGUGAUUUUGGUCCUGAUGUAGUACAGAAACUACACUGGAACCGGGAGGACAAAGGCUAUGUGCUUCACCUGGUUACUACAGCAGCAGAAUGGUCCAUGUCAUUUUCCUUUUUUGGAUUUUUCCUUACUUAUAUUCGUGAUUUUCAGAAAAUUACUUUGCGGGUGGAAGCCAAUUUACAUGGAUUAACCCUCUAUGACACUGUUCCUUGCCCUGUUACCAAUGAAAGAUCACCACUGCUUUCCAGAGAUUUUCAGUGAAUGGAUAUAAGUCUUCUGUGAUGAUUGUGAUUCUCAGGGACUGAGAAAAGAUGCACAAAAUUUGCUUAUUAUACUGUGAAAAUUUGAAUCAAUUAAUCAAGGCUGACAGUGACAUUAAUGAAACAUGAUAUCAGGAAAAAUGUAAUAAGCCAUCUGGUGAGUUUUCUUAAAGGAUGUUGUUAAAAAGUCCAUCUAAAAACAUGUCUAGACUUUUUUAUAUCCAGAAAAUAAAACCAAAGGAUAAUAUCAUUGUAGUGUUUGCUACUUUAUCAAUGAAACCUGAAGUACACCGAGUAGUCUCCAUACUUGGCCUUAAACGUAUUAUUUUAAAAGCAUCUUUUGUUAGGAGUACUUUUAUGAGAGACAUUUUCCAUGGCACACAGUAAUCAGCAUUGGUAACCAAAUCAUUUGGAAUCAGGGCUUAAAACUGAAGUUUUAUUAAUACAUUUCUUACAGUACUUAAAAAUGUGGUGUUGUUGUUGUUGUUGAAUCUUUUCUGUAAAUAGGAGCCUGCCUGAAAUAAUCUGAGUUCUUUGAUGGCUUAAAUUUUGCCUCCCUGCACCCCCAAACAAACACAAAAUCAAUGGGUAUUUAUUUUAUUCUGGCCACAUGAAUAUUAACAGAUCUAUCAUAUAUGCUUAUAAUAAUUUCAUCAAGUCUGGUCUCUGAGAUUAGAAUUUUUAAUUACCAGUAAAAGAGAGAGACUAUUUGCAAAUUUGCUACCAUUUUGUUCUUUAUAAAAUAAAGGUUACGGCUGAUGACAUUGCUCAGUAGUGUAAAUUACUUGCUGCUAACCCUGACUAUCUGAGUUCAAUAUGUAGGAUCCACAUAGUCAAAAGAAAGAAAAGUUAUCCUUUGGCUUUGACCUCCAUAUGCAAAUACACAUACACAAUAAGUAAAUGUGAUAAUAGAAAUAAACAUUAAUGUUCCUAAAUAAGAUUGCAAAGUCUGUAAACAAAAGGAGAUAUGAUUAACAUAAAAAUUAUAUUAUAGUUAUGAUCUUUGAUUUUUCAUUUAGAGAAAUUUCUAAUUAGUAGUAAGAUUAGUUUUGAUCAUAUAUUUAGUCUUUUUAUUGGAAUAUGAUCCUUUUAAAACCUAAAUCUGAAGAAGAGACUGAAAUCCAAAAUAAAAUUCUGAAUCUUUUUCUCUUGUCAUACAAAUGAUUGUAAAGUUUCAAUUUAGAUCUCUGUGUAGAUAAAGGAUGGUUAUACAGGAUGGUUUCUAGAUGCCUACUAGGAUUAAAAAGAAGGAACUGGCCAGGCAUUGGUGGCCCACGCCUUUAAUCCCAGCACUUGGGAGGCAGAGGCAGGCAGAUUUCUGAGUUCGAGGCCAGCCUGGUCUACAGAGUGAGCUCCAGGACAGCCAGGGCUAUACAGAGUGACCUAAAUAAUACCCAGGGUCAAAUUAGUUUGUAAAAUAAUCCUUGAUGAAUACUAACAUAAUUUAUAUUUUUAGAAGAAAUAGGGCUGAAACCAGAAGAAAAGAUGGUGAGGAAAAGUUUAAAAUAUAUCAAAAAGGAAUUUAAGGAAAACUGUUUAAAUGGUGGAGAUGUAGACUUCAAUUAUAAGUUGUUGAAUCUCAAAUUCUGUAACAGUAUUUGAAGAAAUAACUUAGAUUAAUAGAGAAAUAGAGUAUUUACCUAUGGGAAGCUACAGUCAAUAAGGGAGACAUUUUAGUAAAUAUUGAUUGAUUGAUUGAUUGAUAUUGUUACUAGAAAAAAAUUGCAUAUAGAUCAUGAUUAAUCCUUUAAAAAGUCAUGAUGUAACCACAUAUGGAAAAUAUCUUUUUCUGUAGUUUUCUCUCUACCAAUAAGUUAAGUUAUGAAGCAUCAAUGGGAUUAUGAGAAGUGAAUAAUACUAAGUAAUAAUUCAUAGAGUGGAAAUUCUUGAAAGUAAAUCCCUUGCCUUGUCUGCCAAAGACAGGUAUGGAAUAACAGAUGAAAAUGUUUGUUUGUUUGUUUGUUUGUUUUUUAAUUUUCAGAGUUCAUUGGAGAAUUCUUCCAAGUAUUUAGGUUAUAUGUAAAACUAAACCAUACAUAGACACUUUAAAAAAUAAAACACGCACUCAACUGUG